AUGUCUACUACAUUCAAUGUGUUGAGAUACUCCGCUUUGGGAGCUGGUCUUUUCUACGGUGCUUACCACAGAUACUCAUUGGAAUCAUCGUUUGCCAAACAACAAGCUGCUAAACAAUGGAAACACGAAGAAAAAUUAAUUGCUCAAGCCAAAGCUGAAUAUCAAAAAUUGACCAACCCACAAGUAGUAAAACCAGCCACUUCUGCCCCAGGAUCGAUCAAUUGGGAGGAUCCAAACUUGGAUUUGGGUCAAGCUUUGGAAUCAUUGAUUGCAACUUUGGAUUAG